AUGUCUGGCCCUUACGAUCAGUACAACCAAAACUACAACCAGGGAGGCUACGGCCAGCAACAGGGAGGAUACCCGCAACAGCAACAGUACAACCAGGGUUACUCUCAGCAAGGCUACCCCCAAGGUGGCCAGCAGGGCUACGGCCAGCAAGACCAAUACGGUGGAUAUUCUCAACAGCACCAGCAACAGCAAUACGGCCAAUAUCCCCAAGGUCAGGGACACCAGCAACACGGAUCUCAACAGCAAUAUGGACAACAACAAAACUAUCAAGGCGGCCCUGGUGAUGCCCCUGGAGGUGCCCAGGACGGUGAGCGUGGUAUUGGAGGAGCUAUCACUGGCGGAAUUGCCGGUGGCUAUGCCGGGUCUAAGGCCAACCACGGCUUCAUUGGCACAAUUGCCGGUGCCGUGAUCGGUAGUCUCGCUGAAGACAAAUUGAAGAAGCACAACAAGGAGGGAAGCAGCGGUGGCAGCGGCGGAGGAAGUGCUUUCGGCGGUGCUGCGAGCGGUCUCGGAUCGCUCUUUGGCAAGAAGUAA